AUGCCUCUGGUGAAGAGGACCAUUGAGCCUCGGCACCUGUGCCACAGUGCCGUGCCCGAUGGAAUUGGCAACGAGCUGGAAUGUGUAACCAACAACACGCUGUCUGCUAUAAUUCGACAGCUCAGCAGUCUGAGUAAGCAUGCAGAAAAUGUUUUCGGGGAGCUUUUUAAUGAAGCCAACACCUUUUACGUGCGUGCAAACUCUCUUCAGGAUCGAAUCGACCGCUUGGCCGUGAAAGUCACCCAACUGGACUCCAGUGUGGAGGAGGUUUCUCUUCAAGACAUAAACAUGAGGAAGGGCUUCAGAAGCUCGAGUGUCCAGGACCAGCAGGUUUUAUCCAAGAGCAGCUUUCCUAGUUCUGUAGCCGACAUGUACAACAGCAGUGACAGACCUCCUCCUCUCAGCAACCUCACUGCUUACAGAGAGGAUUCUACUGAUGCAAUGAAAUACUACUCUGACCCGUCAUACUUUUUUGACCUGUGGAAAGAGAAAAUGCUUCAGGACACAGAGGAGAAGAGGAAAGAAAAGCGGAGGCAAAGGGAACAGAAGCGAUGUGUGGACAGCAGCUCCAUUCAGCGCGAGGUGAAGAAGGUCAGAAAGGCGCGAAACCGCAGGCAGGAGUGGAACAUGAUGGCGUUCGAUAAAGAGCUCCGUCCAGAUCACAGACAUCCACAGACUCUCAGGCGAGGCGCAUCAUCUGAGGGCUCCCUGUCGCCAGAUGGGAGGCCUGACCUCUUAGAUUACCCCAUCCCUCCAGUGCCUGCCCAUGCUGCUUGUAACUCUGCCAAGUCUCACGAUUACGUUCCUGGGAACAUGCAUCCCUCACCACCUGUGGAGCAUGAAUACCAAAGCAUUGAUGUCAACUACAAGAGAGUAACCUAUGCCGCAGCAGAGCCUCGUGCUGCAGACCGAAUGAACGGUUCAAUUCGUCUCCCUGCAGAUUACAAGUCUAUCCCAGCACCUCCUGCCCCCGGCCCUCCAAUCCCAUCAGCCCAGACAGCCUUUGGUUUUCCAUUGGGUGCACAUCCUCCAGCGCCACAUAAUGGCAUUGGGCACGCAGGCCCGGGCUGCCCACUCCCACCAAUACCUCCUCCAGGGACUCACAUGGUCCCUCCACCCCCAGGUCCCCCACCUCCUCCUCUCCCUCCCCCAUCUGCACCCUCACACCUAGCGGGACACAGUGAAGGCUGCAGACGUGAGACCAAACCUGUGAGAGACGCAAGAAGUGACCUGCUGUCUGCCAUCCGCAUGGGCAUCCAGUUGAAGAAAGUCCAAGAGCAGCAGGAGCAGCAAAGCAAGCGGGAGCCGGUGGGGAACGACGUAGCCACCAUCCUUUCCCGACGCAUUGCAGUUGAGUACAGCGACUCUGAGGAGGACUCUGAGCUUGAUGAGAAUGAGUGGUCGGACUGACAAAACACUGAAUUGGGCUUUUCUCCACUGGAUCUUCAGCACAGAUGAAAGAACACUGUGAAACACUCCAUCUAGCUCCAUCUAGUGGAGUCUUUGUACCAAGCCACUACUGCCAAAAUACCUCUACCUUGUGUUUUUUAUUUCUACUUUCAUAAUAAAUAUUUCAUGAGCAACUGAACCACUAAUCUAGCACAUCUACACAGUUUGCACCAGUUUGUUUUGUAACAGGUAAAUAUCCUCAUUUCAAAACAGAGUCAAUGUGUGAUAAAUCACACAGUUCACAAUUCUAUCACGUGGAAAUGUGACCCAUUAGUUUCU